AUGAAAAUCAAAUGGUUGGUUCUUGAUUCAUCAUCUAUGAAAAAUAUUCUACAUGCUGCCAAUAAUCCUCAUUUACAUGUACUCGGUCUAUAUAAUAUCGAGGAAGAGACAGCUAAAUGUCUUUUUAACGAUGAAAGACUGUCAUGUAUUUUUAAAAAUCAAAUUACAACACUUAUUAUUUCAAUUGAUCCAGAUAAAAAAAAACUGUCAACAAUGGAAAACAUAUGCAAUCGUAUCUUUACUCUGUUUAUGAAUUUAACUCAUUUAAUGUUUUACGAUGCUUCAUGUGAAAAUAAUGUUCGAUUAUUAUUUAAUAUUCCAUCUCCUAGGUUUUCGUCUUCAUCUCUUUUGGUAUUAAAUAUUAAAGUUCAAACUUUUAAUGUUUGUCUUUAUCUUCUCGAUGGUCGUUUCGAAAAACUUCGUACACUCUAUAUUGAAUUGGCUAACAUUUUUCCUCCAUUAGGAGAAAUUGAAAAUCAGAGAAAAAUUCCAAAUCUGAAGGGUUUUGUUUUGACUUGUAUGUUGAGAACAUCGUAUUACAAUGAAUUAAUUCUUCCACUUAUUUAUCGAAUGACAAAUUUAGAGGAACUUGGUUUGUAUUUCACGGCCGAUGAUAAUGAAACAUUUAUUGAUGGAAAUAAUUUAAAGAAAAAUAUUCUUAAUCGUAUGUCACAAUUAAAUCAAUUUAGUUUUGAUAUUCGUUCGGUUAUAUUUAUUAAUAAUGAAAUGAAUUUACCAUCGAAAGAAGACAUUCAACAAACAUUUAUUGAUUUUCAAUAUACGAAAAUAAUAUCUUGUGUUGACUAUCUUCUAGAGUAUAAACAGGCUUUAUGUCAUAUUUAUUCAUAUCCAUUUUUAAUGCGACGUUUCGAAGAUAUAACAAAUAAGUUUCCAGGUGGAUUAUAUCCAUAUGUUCGUCUUGUAUCAUUAUAUGAUGACCACCCUUUCGAACAUGAAUUUUUUAUUCGAAUAUCUCAAUCAUUUCCAUUUAUGGAAAAAUUAUUUAUCAAUAAUCGUUAUGCACAAAAUCAGAAAGAAUUUUAUAAAUUAAUGAAUGAUAAUUCAAAUUUAUCAAUUGCUAAAUAUUAUAAUCUUAUUAAACUUGAUAUAGAUCGAGCUCAUGAUGAUUAUAUUGAAGAAUUUCUAUGUAAUACAAAAACAUAUUUACAAAAUAAUAUUCUUCUUUAUAUCUGUUAUGAAGCAUUACAAAGAGUAACACAUAACUUUACAAGAGAUGAUACACGAAUUAAUUGUGCAAAAAUAAAUGAACUAUGUUUAUUGGGAAAAGUCAAAGAUUCAAAAUCUUUACAAGAUUAUUUUCCUUUUGCAAUAAUAAAUUGUUUGUCAUUUAUAUAA